AUGACCCAUGGUAUAAUAUUUUGUUUUAUUUGAUUAGUGCUUUAUUUUGGUAAGACACUUGCCAAUUUGCAAACUGAAAGUCUUCGAAAUCAAUAACAGAUGUACAAUUAUCUAAAAAAGUUUUAGAUUAACAAGAGUAUGUUUCCCAGAAAAUGUAUUUUCUAGUGAUCCAAAGAAAUAGAAUAAAGGUGGAGAACAAUAGCUAACAUUUAUUAAAGUGGUUUGUUGCCAAAAUAUUAUAUUCUUACUUGAUAGUAUUUGAUAAUUCUUCAAUUAGACAAAUCUGAAUUAUGGGCAUUUGGAUCAUCAUAAGAAGGAUAAUUAGGAAUCCGAAUGAGUAGCCUUAUGUAUCCAGUAAACAUAUCAUAAGUGUUAGACAAUAAAAUUAAAUUAAUGACUGCAUCAUAAAAUUUUGUAUCAGUACUUACAAUAAAAAAUCAAUUAUACAUUUGGGGCAAGUAUGAGGAACUAAAUUUAGGAGAUUACAUUAAACCAAAGAAGAUUGAAUUCACAAAGUCACUUGAUAGAAGGUAUGAAUUUAAUUGUUCUGAUAUCACAUACAUUUUAAAAUAACAAUCAGUCUCUUUUAUCAAUGAAGAAAUCUUACAAUUACAAUCAAACAAUAACAUAUUAUAUAUUUUGAGUAAAGAGCAUUUAGAUAUUAUCUCAUAGCAACCACAUAUAAUUGCAUAAAAGUUUGUGGGUAUAGCUUGCAAUUAAAAUCAUGCAUUGGCUUGGGAUGUUGAUGGAAGAGUAUGGAGUUGGGGUUAAUAUAUAGAUGGCAAAUUANUACAUAUUACAAAGUGA